AUGACGUGUGGCCCCUCCCAUCUUCCCUUUAGUAAACUCCCAUUGCAGAAAACGAUAUACGGCUGUACCUCGGCUAAAAUUACUAUUCCAUCCAACGACGAUGAAAGCAAUACUGUGCAGGAUGGGCACAUGGGACAUGGAGUAGCCAAUCAGGGCACUCACGAUCAUAAGCCUGGCGUGCUGUCUCGGCCUUCAUAUUCACACUGUCUGAAAAGCACGAAGGCCAUUUGCAGUAUCCGGAAAAACUGCAAUAGUGACUGGUGCAGGUUCAGCCUCCGGCCUGAAGCAGAGAAGCUCAUCGCUCAGUAUGGGGGAUUGCAAUCGUCACCGCGGGCCGUCUUUGUUCAGACGGACGUGACUUCCUGGGCAGCAUUGAUGCAGAUGUCUGAAGUUGCACUGGAAGAGUUCGGCGAUUUCCAUAUAGUUUGUCCGGGAGCGGGUAUAUAUGAACCGCAUUGGUCGAAUUUUUGGCAUCCCCCGGGUUCCCCAGAAAGCAAGGAUGGCCUGGAUUCAAAUCGCUAUUAUUUGCUUGAUAUCAACCUCACCCAUCCAAUCCGGACAACUCAGCUAGCUCUAUCCUACUGGUUACAUCCGAGAAGCCGACCCUCGUCGUUCCAUCCGGUUGCUGAGCCAGUCAGUCCCGAAAAUCCAAAACGUAUCAUCCAUAUUUCCUCCGUUGCAGGCCAGAUACCAAACUUCAACGCGCCCAUUUAUGGUGCAUCAAAAUUCGCAAUUACGGGAUUCGUCCGCUGUCUAGCACCGCUCGAUCAAGCGAUUGGUGUACGGAUUAAUGCUGUCGCACCUGGCAUCAUCCGAACGCCGCUUUGGACUGAGCAUCCAGAGAAGCUUCUGCAACUAGACCAGGAAAAAGACGGAUGGGCCACAGCUGACGAAGUGGCUAUGGCAAUGUUAAGAUGUCUUGAUGACGAGGACCUAGAAGGUGGUGCAAUUCUGGAGGUGGGAAAGAAUAGUACAAGGCGUGUUGAGGUUCUAAAUGAUCCCGGCCCAGAUGAGAGUCUUGGAACUGCCUUCAAAGCAAGCAAAGCUGAAGAAGCCGCAGAACGGAUUUUAUACUGCUUGCGACAAAGCGAUAUAUGGGGUUAA